UAAUUUUAUUUUAAAACUCUCUUUGCAGUAAAACAUGGACAGACGAGAGUUGAGAAACUACGUGGAUAUGCCACAUUUCCAUCCUGAGAAAAACGUCAUCAGUGGAGUAGACGUUUACAAAAACGGACGAAUUCGUCAUGAAAUCAAACAUGAUCUGGAGCACAAGACAAUCACCGCUCCAUCACCACUAAGGAUCAGGUCAUAUAGCAUGGGGUCUGAGGGCGAACCUACCUCCCCAAUUGUUGGAUCCCCCUCAACAAGUUCUGGAUCCCCAUUAUCAUCUUCAUUCUCAGGAGGAUUUCUGACCAAAGCUUUCCAAAUAGACAGGACGCGUACAAGUGGUGAAAAACAUUUAAAGGAAGAACUAGACUUUCUCUGGCAAUAGACAUUAUGAACAUCAUCAUAUCGUUUGGUCACAUCGCAGUG